AUGUCCUCCUCCUCCUCCAGCUUGUCCGCAUCGGACAUCCAACCUCAAGCCCUCUCCUCUCUCUUCACUUCUCUCAAUCAGGCGUGGAUACGAGCGACAUCGAGCGGAACGGUAGUGCGACCCUCGAGCACAUUGGUGCUGUUGCCCGACGGAAGGCGAGCGCCAUCAGAAGCAGGGGACGGGGCUGGCGAAGUCGGGAAGCUCGGCGUGAACUGGAGAAUACGUUGCGUACCUUCGCUCGGGCAGAAGGCGCGAGCAAAAGCUCAAGCCCAGGCUCAGGCGCAGGCGGAAGGUGCAAGCAGCGCCGCCUCCACGACGGUAGAAAGUGACGUCUUUGCGCCACCUUAUGAUGCAAAUCUCUUUGUCUGGUCCGACGAAUCCCACGUCGUCCUGCUCAACAAGUACGCUCUGGUCGCCAGACACUUCUUGCUGGUGCCAAAGCAAUUCGCUUCGCAAAACUUGCCGCCGACGCCUGGCAUGCUGGCUUUGAGCUACCAAAUCUUGCGUCAAGAUGCGCAGUCACACACGAUGCUCUCCUCCCAUUUCCCUUCCACUUCCACUUCCACUUGCACACUGACUCCCGAGGAGAGUGAGCGAGAAGAGGAUGGUGAAUUGUUCGCAUUUUAUAAUUGUGGACAUUUGAGCGGAGCUAGCCAAAGGAGAAGUCAUGUGCAAUUCUUGCGCAGCGGACUCGAGGGCCAAGAGGAGCUUGGAGAGCGGGGAGAAGGCAGAGUUCCCAUCGAGAGGCUGCUGAGUCUCUGUGUGGAGGAGCAUCAAGGCAAGGAUGGUGAGCUUGUGUGUGCAGGCGCAAGCAUCGUCAAUCCCACUGAUCCUUGACAUCUUUACUCGAUAUAGACACGGUAUUUGCUCUUCCACUGCCUUAUCAGCACUUUGUAGCUCUUCUAACUCCUCCUUCAUCCUCUCAAAGCGGCGCGCUCCAAUCGUACCUGAUGCGAAAACUCUUUGGUCUGCUAGAAGCCAUGCAGCAAGCCCGCUUUGCAACUCUCGAUCAACAAAUCUCUUCCUCCAACGCUACCUUUUCUCCUUCGCAAUCAGGAGCGACCCAAAAUGGACCACCGAGCUACAACCUCUUGAUGACGACUAGAGCUAUGCACCUCAUUCCUCGCAGCAAGGAAGUUUUCGAGCUCAAAGUGGAAGAAGAUGGGAAAGAGCAUCAGGCGGAAUUGAGCAUCAAUUCCAUGGGUGAGUUCUGGUCGGCGCUGGGCUCGAUGUGCGGCGAGUAGGUUGGUACAGUGCUGCUUGGACGACUAGCUGGGCGCUGGGCGCUCGCGUGCAGAUUUCGUGCUGCUUCCCAUCUCGCGGCAUCUCAAGCCUGCCAGCAUCGUGAACGAUGCAAGCUUCAGAGACCGAACAACGAGCCUUUGCUAAUGAAUACCUCGCCUUCCCCCUCCCCGUCGCUCUUACCGUAUGGGUCUCCAAAGCAUACGCGGGCCAUCUGCUCGCGAAAAAUCGAGCGGAGCUCUUGGCGCUGCAAAGCUUGCCCGGAGGUGCUUUGCAAGUCCUGAGCAGCACAGGCAUCGCCGGCGUCAAGGACGUCACGACGGCGCUUGCUGAAGAGGGCACGCUCGCCACAAAGGAAAUAAACGAUGGCAGGGACUUGGCGCGCGGGGGUGGAAACGUUUGA